AUGCCGCAGAGUGCCCUGGCGGAGUUGAAAUCCACAAUUCCCCAGCUCUGCGCCCCGGGAAAGGGUUUCCUUGCUGGCGACGUCGCCGCAGAGCCUGAUGUUCUUGAUAAACGCGUUGCGUACUUGGCAUUGUGCUUCGGUGCACCGGAUUUGAGCGAGUACGUCAGCGGAGUGAUCUUGGACUGGGAGAUGCUCUUCCGAAAUGACGCAACCGGGAAGCCGAUAGUCAGCGUCAUUACUGGGAAUGGCAUGGUUCCAGGUACCAAGGUGGACAAGGGCUACAACAAGAAGGGCAUGUGGAACACUAGCGUCGGGCCAUUGGGCCAGCCCGAAGUGCGCGCCGUUGGGCUCAAUGACCUUCAGGAGAGAUGCGCUGAAGCGUAUGCGAAGGGAGCUCGUUUCGCCAAGUGGCGCAACGUCCUCCAACUCCACUUCGAGGAGGGGUUGCCAAGUGGCGUUGCCAUUGCAGACACGGUACGCACCCUGGCGCGCUACGUUUCCAUUUGCCAGAGUGAGAAAUUGGUGCCUAUCGUUGCAAUUGAGGUUUUGCCCGAAGGAGAACACGACAUUUCUUAUUGCUCGGAAGUGACCGAGAAAGUGUUGGCAGCCCAGUUCAAGGCUUUCGCAGAUCACCACGUUUACCUGGAAGGCUGCCUCCUGAAGAUGAACGCGACUGGCCUGGAGCAGGACAACGAGGAAGUAGCUACCAUGUACCUGAGCACGAUGAACAAGCUGUUCAAGGACAAGUUGCCCUGGCUCCUCUCCUUUUCGUAUGGCGAGUCUUUGCAGAAAACACACUUCGAGACCUGGCCUCGCCAGGAGAAGAUCAAGGAUGAUGCUCGGAUGGCGCUAAUAGCGAGGGCCAACGCAACCUUCGAUGCAGUCAUGGGCAAGUACACAGUGGAGCGGGGUUCAGACGAGGCGGCCGCCAAGCGGCGCAAAAUCAACGCGUCCUCGUGGCAGUCGGGCACGUACGGGCGCGAGCUGCUGCAGGGAGAGGCCGCUUGCAUCGCCGCAGUCAGGGCCCCCAGCCGCGGCGGCCCCUGCAUGGACGGAGGGGCGCCUCCGCUGUGGGCGACACUGCUCACGGCCUGGGGGGCGACCUGGAGCGCCUGCUGGAGUUGGGGCUGGGGCGGAGUCACCACCCAGGCGGCUCACGCGGCGCCGUUCGCGACCUCCGGCCACUGCCAGGAGGACUCUGAGCGCUGCUCCUGCGACUGGGAGCUGCGCAAGAUCAUCGACCUCCAGCAGGAGGUCGGCCUCCUCCAGUCGGAGGUGUGGGCGCUGCGGUGCCUGCUGCUGGCCGGGCUCCUGCUGCUCGGCGCUGUGGCCUCUGGUGCUGGCACGCUGGGCUUCCUGGUGGGGGCCUGCCGGCGCUGUCGCUGCGGCGGGCGCGAGCGCGCGCCGGGCCGGGCGGCCGAGCCCGGCGCCCAACCGGCCGCGGCCUCGAGGGGCCCUCGACGCCGAGCCGCCGGCAGCUGUAGCCCGAUGGCAGACGUGCUGACGCUGGACAUCGGCGACCCGCAGAUCCUGGUCCACUACCCGGAUGACGAGAACGGCUUCCUCUGGCACCACAGAGUGUUGCUCUUCAGGGUGUCGGACGACAUCUGGAUCAGCUUGACCCCUGAUCUCGCCCUGGUGCGCUUGAAGCUGCUGGACAUCCGGCACGAGGUGCUGGAGAGGCGAGCCCCGUUCCCUGCCCACCUGGGCAACCAGGUCUAUGCCCACGACCCCAUCGCCGCCGCCGCCCUGGCGGGCUUCCGUCGCCGUGCGAAGAUCCAGGGGCAGCUGCUGGGCGUGGGCCAGGUGGACGUGGUCGAGAGGAUGAUCUGGGUGGUGGCCGAGCCCCGGUCGGCGAAGUUCGGCGAGGUGGUCGACUCGGCCAUCAUGGACGACGACGCCCGCGGCACGGGCUUCGACACGAAGGGGGUGGCGGUCGUGGACGGAGAGGAGAUCUUCGUGCAGAAGAUCGCGGCCAGCAAGCUCGACGACUUCAAGAAGGAGACCAAGGCGGACCUCGGAGACGUGCGUACGCUCGGGGACCACCUCGACGAUGCUGGGCAGCGCUGUCUGAGGCUCUCGGAGGCGGUCGCGCUGAUGAGAGACACGGAUCAGCCGAACUUCCCACUCGCCGGCGUGAGGAGCGUGAAGGGGUUCCUCGAGUCGGUGGUCUCCGGGCCUGGCAACAUGACGUCGUACCAGGCGGAGUGGGAGCGGCUCAGCGGAGUCGGUGAGGGUUCGGCAGUCAACCAUGUGCACCGCAACUUGUGCGAGGUGAUUCGGCUCAUGCACUCCUGGGACCAGGUCGACGCCUCCAUGUUGGCCUCUGCGGAGCUGAUCGUGCGCUGGCUGGUUCAAACGGAGAUAGCGGUAGAGCGCAACCCGCGCCACCCUGACUACAGCGGGCUGGACAUAGUGAUCUCGGCCCCGGUGAAUGCAGCGGGCCGCGCGACGACGAACAAGUUCAACUCCUGGGUCACUGACAAGCUCAAGGAGAGGGCGCAGAUCUGGAAGCAGGAGCGCCUGUACCGCGAGGAGCAGAAGACGAACCUGAAGGAGGGCAAGGGCGGCGACGGCUACGACCCGUCCAAGAAGAAGCUGAAGAAGAGAGGGGGCAAGGCCGGCGCCGAGGGCGCCGGCGAGGGAGGGCACCUCCGGCCGACCGCCGUGCAGCAGUGGAUGAUCCAGAAUGUCGCCCGGCGUGUACUGGCGUAUGGGGAUUGCCCCACUGACCUCACAGAGGAGUCAUCGUUGCACGAGAUCCUCGACUCGAGAGACCACUACGGGAUGGAGCCCAAGAACUUGGCCAGCUUCGACUUCGACAAGGUCAAGAUCCUGCACAGGAAGGUCCACGUUCGGCCGAUACGCCGGGAGUUGCCCGCGUCGGCCGCUGGCUACCUUCGGCAUGCUUCCGACUUGAUCGAGAUGGACGAAGCGGAGCUUGAGAGAGAUCGUGCCGAGGGAGUGGGUGUCACGCCAUACUGGGACCCCCUCCUCCGGCGCUCGCGAGACCUUCGGAAGCGACUGUACCAGCGCCUGGACCAGCAGGGCCUGCUGACUUGGCGUCGGCGGCUGAAGGGGCAUGCGGGCAUCUUCGUGGUCAAGAAAAAGGACGGGCUCCAGAGGUUGAUCAUCGACGCCCGAGCGGCCAAUCGGGCGCAUCGGCCACCUCCCACUACUCGGCUAGGCUCCUCGCGAUGCAUGGCCGACCUCGACCUCUCCGACCCCCGCCUGAAGGCAUCGGGCUUCGGGGGCCUCGGCUCCGGGGCCUUCAGCCCAGCUGGCCGCGAGGGAGACGUCGGGGACUGUUUCUACAACUUCACCAUCCCCGAGCUGGCGAGCUGGUUCGGCUUCGCCGACCAGUUCGGCACCCACGAGCUGACGGAGAUGGGCUGCCUGCCGGACUCGAUCUGGGACGACGCCGAGGGGGCCGAGACCAAGGUCGUGGACGGCGAGCAGCUCUACCCCUGCAUGUGCGCGGUGUGCAUGGGCUGGUCCUGGGCGCUCUACUUCGCCAACGAGGCCGUGACCUACCGCGUCCAGCGGGCGCUGCCCGACGGGGCCGAGAAGGUGAUGAGGGAGAUGCAGCCUGCCCCGACCAUCGAGCCCGGCAAGUGCGUUGCCGGAGUGUACGUGGACAACGUGCAGGUGAUCGGAGGCUGCGAGGCUGACGCCAACACUCAGAUGCAUGAGAUCGAGAAUCUUUUUCGAGAGGACCGUAUACCUUUCGACGUGGAGCCGGGGGACAGUUUGGAGAUGCAGUCCCUCGGCCUGGUGUACCACUGGCAGGAGCGUCGCCUGAGGCAUGUGGCUCGGCGCGUCUGGCGGACCUACAUGGCCGGACACGCCCUUUUGAGACGCCGCAAGCUCCACGGGCACGCGCUCCAGUGCUGGCUGGGGCACGUCGUGAACCUGAACCAGCUCUGCCCCGAGGCGAUGUCCGCGCUGAACGCCUGCUACCGCUUCAUCGAGGAGUCGCUGGAGUCGCCCAAGCGGGUCUGGCCCUCCGUGAAGUCCGAGAUCCGCUGCUCGAUGAACUUGCUCUUCCUGAUGGAGGCGGACUUGGGCGCGACCUACUCGGACCAGGUGUACUGCGGGGACUCGUCCGGCCGCGGCUACGCACUCCACGUGACGACCGCCGAGCCGACCGAGCUCCGAGAAGCCUGGAGGUGGAGAGAACGCUGGCGGUACCGCGACGUCCCGACGGUGACGGGCCACGUCAGCAGCGGGCUCGACUACGUGCGCGGCGGCACGCCCGGCACCGCCACUGGCCCGAGGACCGCCUUCGGCCAGUCCCUGCUGAGUCAGGCGGAGGCGCCGGAGGAUGCGAGCGGCCUGGCUCCCUCUCCGGCCCGAAGCCGCGCUGCGAAGCCGGCUCGAGGCCGCACCCAGCUGCAUCUUGACUCGGGCAUCCCCGCCUUGGAGGACAGCUGGGUGGCCAGGCGCCGCUGCAAGCUGGUCGCCGCGGACCGCUGGCGCUGGCAGGACGAGCACAUCAACCUCAAGGAGGCGAGGGUCGCCUUGAUGGGGCUCCGACGGCACUGCCGAUCGGUGAAGUUCAUGGGCACAAAGCUGCUCUCGAUCAGCGACAGCCAGGUCACCGUCGGGGCCUUCGAGAAGGGUCGCUCCAGCGCGGGCCUGCAGGCCCUCUGCAGGCGCGCAGCCGCCUACCGCCUGGGGGGGCAGAUCUCCUGGCGGCUCAGGUACAUCGAGACUGACCGUAACCCGAGCGACGAGGACUCCCGGCGCUGGGACCUGAAGAAGCCGGCUGGGCUGAACCGGGGGACCGAGCGUCGAGACGCCGCCCCGAGCCUGUCCGCUCCAGCUGCGACCUGCCAGGCCGCCGACUCGAUCCUCGAGCACGACCCGAUCAUCCAGUUCGGCCAGGACGAGCGGCCCCGGCGCUGGAGGGCCCACCCGGCCGGCCCCAUCACCGCCCCGCGGAAGGACUCGCUGAUCAUGGCGACGGUGACCGGAGGCACGCUGGAGAGGUACGCGACGGCGGUCCACGAGUUCGAGACCUACGCGAAGGAGAGGCGCCUGCCGCUGCAGCCGCUAGCACGCCUGGACGACAGCCUCUCCCUCUACUUCGUGGACCUGUUCGACGACGGCUUCGGGGUCUGGGAGGGGCGCAACGCCUUCUACGGGUACAAGCUGCUGAAGCUCAGGACGACGGGCAAGGUCGACCUCCCAAAGGCGCUGGCCUCCCUGAAGGGUUGGACGAAGCGGGCGCCCGGGAGGAUGCGUCUGCCGCUGCCCGACAUCAUCGUGGACGACAUCGCGCUGGACCUGGUGGAGCACGGGAACCCCCUGAUGGGGGCCGCGGUGGUGAUCCAGACAGACACCUACACGCGGCCCUCCGAGACGGGCGGCCAGGACGACAGCCUGCUCGUGGGCGACGUGGCGAGACCCUGGCUCACGAGCGUGCUGCGGCUGCUCCACAAGCCCAACGUGUCGGACAAGAAGAAGAUCUUCGACUUCACCCUCGGCGACUACGAGCGCGAGGUGAAGAAGUCGGCCUGCCGCCUGGGCUACACCUCCCUGGGCGUGUGCCCGCACGUCUUCCGGCACUCGGGCGCCAGCAACGACAAGGCGCACUCCCGGAGGACGUUGAAAGAGGUUCAGAAGCGCGGACGAUGGGCAUCGUCCGCGUCGGUGGCUCGCUACGAGAAGGGGGCCCUGAUCUUGCAGCAGUUGCGCAAGGUUCCCUUGGCCAAGCAGAGGAAGGCGGCGGAGCGCAGCAAGCGCCUGCCGCAGGCCUCCAUGCAUCGCUAUGACCAUGAGAAUAUGGUGAUCACCGCGUCGGUCGCGAACGCGGUGAGCGAGCUGGCCCUGCGAGAGGAUGUGGCCGAUAUAUUCGUGAUUGGAGGACCGGCAGCUUAUGAGGAAACGUUGGAACUGCCGAACUGCCAUAACAUUUUCAUGAUCCACGUUCGCGGGGAGAUCGAUUGCCGCGUUGCUUUCCCCGCUCCGGAUAUCUCCAAGUUUGAACAGGCGCACUUCAUGAACGCGGCCACCCACUCAGACUCACAGGGCGUUCUCAUCGUGUACGAGAGAGAGGUGGUGGCCCGGGCGAUGCGCACGUUGCCUGGCGAGGCGGAGCACGUCGCGAACGUGCAGCAAGCGGACGCGUACAGGAUCCAGAUGAAUUCGAGAGCAGCGGGAAUUGCAAAUGGCGCUGAAGCUGCGAACGCAGUGGCCGCGCUGUCUGCCAUUCGCGGCAAGGGGGGGAGUACCAAACGACAGCGUCUCUUCGCCGACCGGUUGACUGAGGUGCUGUUCACAGGGCCCUCUGUCGGAUCGGCGAACGAGCAGCGUGGUGGCGAUUUCGCGCGCAGCGCGCGCGAGGGCGGAGAGUGUCUGGCGCUGCCGGGCCCUCAGAACCCACGGUACUAUUGUUUCAUGAAUGCCUCUGCGCAAGCGCUCUUCGCGAUCCCCAGCGUGCGAGCCGCGGCGCGCGUCGCGCGGCAGAGAAGCCCGGCCGAAUGGGGCGGGCGGUCUUUCGCAGAGAGAGGGAACGCGGCGCAACGAGCGGGGGGGGAGCCGGAUUUUGACGGUCUGCUGGCUCAGACCUUGGUAGAAAUGGAACUCGGUAGUUCGACGCGGCCUAUAAAGUUGGAAGCCAUCCCGCGCGUAUUCUACAACCGAUGCCAGGAGGACGCAGAUGAAUUCUUGCAAGAGCUUUUGCAAGUGGAACGCGCGCGCGACGUGUGUCAAGUGUUCCGCAUGGAGAAGGUGGAGCGACUCGUGCGCGCGCGGCCCGGCUGCGGCGGCGUCCGGAAAGUCAGGGGGGACACCGAGCUCACGUGUUUGAAACUGCAUCUCCCGAAGAGCCGCUGCAAAGACAUCCUAACAGUUCAAGACGUCGUCGGCGAGAGUUCGAGGGGUGAUCACAUGGUGUCGGAAUUCAGGUGGGAGUGCCCGAAGGAGUGCGGCUGCGCAGAGGCCACGAAAGACUGGUGUAUUACAAAGACUCCUCCGUGUUUAUGGGUGCAGCUGCUCGCGCAAACGUACGACGCCGUGACGAGGAGAGUUAAGAAGAUUCGACACAUGCUUCGUCCUUGCGAGUCCUUGGUCGUCAGCGGUCAGAAGUUCAAGCUUGUGAGCUGCGUGUUUCACCACGGAGAAGGAUUUCAUGGCGGGCAUUAUAACGCUUGCUGUCUGCGCGCGGGGGCCACAGGCGCGCGGUGGGAGAUGCGCGAUGGCUGCUCCGUGAGAUCGAGCGCUCCGCCGUCCCACGUGCAAGGUUGGAAGACGCGCGAGGAUUCCACAGUGCACUUUUUGAUGUACGUUCGCGAAGAAACCGCCACGGCAUGUGACAGUGCGCCAUUGGGAGUGGUUCGAGCGAGCGAGUCCAGCGGCGCGAACGCAUUGGCGUCUAUCGGGGGAGGAGGACUGGGCGGCGCCAGUGCAGAUCAACAUGCUGGAGGCUUGCUGAACGAUUCAUGGAAUGAUUGCGCAGUGGAGUCGCUGCAGGGAACGGGAGCGCGACGAAGGGACUCGGCCAUGGAAGCCGUCGGUGCUCGGCCAGGUCGUCCGCCAGCGGUGCGCAUGUUGCCUGGGGAUCUCUUCGCUCCCGUGCGCGUGCUCCGAGAAGCCGACUUCCGUGCGUUGAGAAUUUUGCACAAUCAAUGGACGCCGACAGAAUCGUGGACUCUUGCGGGCGCUGGUUUCGCGCCGGCGGAGCUGCUCGGCCACUUGAAGGACGCGUGGGGAGACGCCGAGCCAGUGACGCGUGUGCUCAAGGAAGAGUGGGUGCAGGAGUGGGCGGGGCGGCGCCGAGCACAGGAAGUUCUGUGCGACGCGCUGGAAGGCGUCGACAGGCACCGAGUUUUGGAAGAGGAAAUGGUGCGUUUCAUGUUAUUAUUCGAGAAGUCGUUGGUAUUUGAAGCCAAAUCAGAUGCGAGGCGACUCUGGGAGCUUGCGCAGAUAGGGCGACGUGUGGGCCAGGGGCACGGACACGGCGCAAGCGCCAGCUUGGCGGACAGCCUUUUCCAAUUGCUUGCGCGGGCGGGACUGUGCAACGAGAUCCUCGCCAGCCAGGAAGGGCGUCGUGCUGCGUGCGAAGCGUGCGUGCGUCACUUGAGCGAUACUGGGGAUGCGUGGCUGGACCUGCGUUCACAUGGCGGGGAACUACGGCACGCUGUGCACGCAGGAGAGACUAUGAUAUUUGCUUUGCAGAGGUACGGCGUAGAGGGGGGGGCGCCGUCGGAAGACGUGGUCGUGCGCGUAUAUUCGCGUUUCGAUGGGCUGAUAGAAAAUCAAUUGGGCGUGGAGAUGCGUUUCACUCGAACAGACUUGCAAGGCUCAAGCCUCGUGCUGGGUCGAGGGCCCGAGUGCGAAGUCGGGGGUGGCUGGGCCCCUGCGGUGGCGCUGGAAGUGCACAGCGAGACAGGAUCGGAGAUCGCCAGCACGUCGUACAAACCAGCGUGGCAAUCCAGUGCAACAGUUCACAGCAGCUGCGUCGAGGGAGAUGAACAGAAGAGCGCGGGUCCCGCUCCUUUGUCCAUGUUUCCUGAGAAUGGGCGACCCGGCACAGGGGGCGAGAAGAGACAGGAACGCGUUGCCGGCGCAGUGGGCGGUGACAUUGCGUGGAGGCAAAAGCCGGAAGCGCUCGCGACGGCGACUCGCGCCCGCGUGACAGGGGAGAGCGCGCCGCCUUGCGACGCCGUGGCCGGGAGAGGCGCCGAGUUGGAAAGGCGAAGGCUCGAAGGUGGCGCCGACGGUGUAGAGCGCUCAAGGGAGCUGUCGGGAGUUCUUCCUCCAGCGCCGCAUCCGGCGUCGCGGCCGAGUAGAGAGCGCGGGGGGGCCAUCCGGGGUUUCGAGUCGGAGUCGCAGCUGUCAGACCGCGCGAGCGGGAGGAUCAAACCACGUUGUGACGGAGCGAUCGGCGGCGAUAGGAAGAACACGAAGGACGCGUGCAGUGCGAAGCGCAGCGGGGAAGGGCAGACGCAGGACAACGGGGUGGCAGAUGCAGCAGAACAGAAUGCAGGAGCAUCUCAUGUUUAUCGCGUCCGAGCCGUUGACAGUCGUGCAUCUGCCGACAGGUUGCGCGGGGCAAGGGAAGUCGGUCUGGAAGCGAUCGCAAAUUCAAUAAAAGAUCAGCCCACGGUCUCCGCAUUCUCAGCGAAUGGCGCAUCGUUGGUUAACGGAAGCAUCCGGUCGCACGGGGCAGUGGUUCUGCCAAAGAAACAUUACGCAUUCGAUGGAUGCCCUUGGCAAGGGGCUGCAGAGGCGGAAUUUCGAGCGCAUGCGGUUGAAAACCACGCAGCAGUGCUGGCCCCGGUUGCGGCAGCGCUGGCGUGCACUUCGACGGAAGAUGCGACGCAGAAGGAUAUCAAGUAUUGGUCUGUGUACAACGAGGCUAUCGCCUGGAAGAUUCGAAAAGGAGCGCCUCUCGCGGCGUUGGCGAUCGAUCGGCGAUGUCUUGAUGACUACGCGCGCGGGCUGGGCGAAGACGCUGUGAGCAGUCUGAUCUUCAUGGUCUGUGCGCGGAAGUUUCCAUUCGUCGAGGGGCGGAAGGGGGAUGCUAUCCAGUGGCAGAAAGUUUUGUUCAACGGGGGCGAUUUCUUCGGUCUCCCAAGCGAUUUCGUGAGGAUACACAUGUCCGUGGACGCGUACGUGGAGCGGUUCGGCGAGGUCAGCUGCGACAGCGAGGAGAGUUGCGGCGUGCAUCUGCGAGAUCGGCCAGAAGAGUUCGACGACUGGCAUGUGUCGGUGCUUUCAGGGGAUGGCCCAGUGAAAGUGUUGUGUUGCCCCGAGGAUUUGCGAUGCGCAAGCGGCAUUAGGCACUCCGAGAACCAAACGUGUUCUCGUUGUGAAGCUCUUUUGUGUUGGGAAUGCCGGAGCGGCAUGCAGGGGCCGAGUGGGGGACCUCUCUUGCCUCCCGCGGCGCUCGCGAAUGAUUCGGUGACUUUCUAUUAUCCAGAGGAGCUUUUCUGUGGGAGUGUGACGGUUCUAGAAAUGAUCUGCGCCUCCGUGUGCGUCACCUCCAUGGUAUGUUUCACACUCGAGAAGCGAUACCGGAGCGAGCGAACUUUCGACAUGGAAACGGCCGCGCGUGGAAACGCGACGUCGUUCCCGACGCCUUGGACGGACAUGUUGGCGCAGUUGAGCGCAGCGGAAGACUUGGCUGCAGAGCGGAAGCCGCCGUCGGUGCCUCACACGGGCGCCGAGCUGGCUGGAAUAGUGUCUGUGAUUAUGAAGUCUGGGGGCGACGAUGAUACGGCCGCAAGCAUGGCCAAGUUUGUGCACCAGGCUCUCGUUCGCAGGCACGUGGUCGUGGCUCUCAUUCAAGGAGCGAAAUCUCGCGGACACCGAGCGCACCGGAAUGUUUGCAUGGACGCAGUCCGGCGGAAAGCCUUGGAGCUUCCUGAGAACGACGUUCCAGCGGAGAUCAUGCGCCUGGUGCCGCUGGAUGACGCGUUGGACAAGAUCCAAAUGCAAAAGGCAGCGACGCCAGUGCCUAGACCCGACGGACUUCAGGAGGCGGCGGACAUUUUGGACAGCACCAAGGGGAACGCCGUGGCGGUGGAAAAGAGUAGUUUUGACGAGGGAGACGGGCCCAUGAAGGUGCUCUGCUGCCCGGAGGAUAUGCGGUGCCACAGCGGCACGACGCACGCCGUGAAUAGUGCAUGCACCGGUUGUGAAGCCCCGUCGUGCGGGGAGUGCGGGAACGCGAUGGCCGGGCCCGACGGAGUAAGGGAGGCGGCAGAUAUUUUGGAGAGCACGAAGACGAACGCCGUGGUAUGUGAGAAGAGCAGCUUCUUCGAGGGAGAUAUCAAUGCGCAGCGGAUCGAGGCCGUGCGAACCUUCGUGCAACGGCUGGAUGAGGAGUGCGCGCACGGCGAUGCGAACGGGACGUCGGAUUCCAGCGAAGAAGAGGGCGGCGACGGGACGACGGAACGGGCGCGUAAACGCGUUCGCGUCCGCGAAGGGGCGGGCCCGGGGGCGGAGCAGACGUCGCGGGAGGCGGCGGAGCGCGUCAUGCUGGAGCAGACGACGACCGAAGGGAAGCGCGUGGACCGCCUUCGCGUGCGCACGGGAAACGUUAUGAUGGAUCAGUUCGAGCCCUGGGGGAAUGGGGCGCCGCGUGUAGAGCUGCCACUGUGGGUGCGGAUUAUGAGUCGCCGCGUCGAGAGCCAGUUGUGUCGCGAUUGGCAUUUCGGGUUCGUGUCGUGGAACCUCGUGUUCCGCUCGGCGGUGAACCUGAGCAGGACGUGGUUCACGUACGUGGCACCGAGCGCCACGGGCGAGGUGGAACAGCUGACGCCUGAGCAGAUCGGCGAAGGCGCCAAACAGAUUUACCGCGCGCUAGACAUGAAGUACGUGGACAUCAACGGCAGAAAGCAGAAGGAGAGCGGAGACCUGUACGGCUUCUUGCCCAUCGCAGAGGGCAUGCCAGUCGCUCUGACUGAUCACAUCGAUCGCAGCGAGGACAAGAACCUCCUGCGCGGUCGCGUCGGCCGCGUUCAGUCUUGGGUUUGCGACGGGGACGCAGAGCACGAUCAGGUCACGCGGGGGGGUGAGACCAUUCUGAAGAAAACCCCGAAAGUGAUUUUUGUAUUGUUCGACGAAGGCGACGACGGAAAGGGCGGUCGGAAGCCGUGCAAGUGGACGAUCGGGGGAUUGAGGACGCCCGGCUUGUACCCGGUGGUUCCGCAAAAGAAGGAGUGGUUCGUGGACAUAGGUCGUCCGCACCCGCGGCUGAAGGUGAAAAGGCGUCAGUUCCCGCUGGCUCCAGCCUUCGGCGUGACGGCCCAUGCGGCGCAGGGGCAAACUUUUAAGGAGGGUGUCAUAGUGGACCUGAGCAUCGGCGGGGGCACGUCACCUCUGUCGAGCUACGUGGCACUGACGCGGGGGCAGCGCCGUGAGGACAUGCUCAUCUUUCGCCCCUUCGACAUUGCGCCGUAUCAGAAGAAGGACGAACGGAAGGGCCCAGGCUUGUUGCUGCGCACGUUGCGCGGAGAAGACUUGGACUGGGAGGCGAUAGAGCUGGAGUUCAUGCCGUCUGGCAGGUGCGCGGUCUGCGGGUGCACGAAGUACAAGAACAUGUACCCAACGGUCGGGCAGUGGAGCCGCGCAGAUGGGCUCCGCGUGUGCAGCGUGUGCCUGGAAGAUAAGAAGAGGUCCGGCACGCCGUGGCAAUGCAUGGAGUGUGGUCUAUGGAAGUGCCAGGAGGCGUUCCACGCGUCACAGCACCACCCGUCGAAGUUGACCACGCGGCGUUGCGUGGACUGCCCCGAGAGACGGAGUUGCCGCGUGUGCGAGGGUCGGAAGUACGAAGAAGCGUUCGCGCCGUACCAGUGGGACCUUGCAGGGAACAGCCGGUGCAGAGGGGGGAUGUGCAAAGAGUGCGAGGAGCUGAAGAAGCACCUGACGUGUUCCCGCUGCGGCAUGGAGAAGUUGGUGGACGAUUUUGCGAGGAUUGAGAGGAACGCAGAGGAGCGGAAGUGCAAAGCGUGUAAGAAAUCAAUGAGAGAGGAAGAAAGACAGCGCGCCGAGGAAGGGAAACGGAGGGUAUGCUCGAAAUGUGGGGAGUCGAAGAGUAAGGCGGAGUUUUCCGCUCACAUGUGGUGCAUCGCCUCCAAAGAGACCAUUGCAUGUACCCAGUGCGUCCAGGAUGCGGCCGCCCAACGGGACUCGGCGGCGAGGAAAGACGUGAAGGCCUGUGUUGUGUGCGAGGUGGCGCAACGGCGUGAUUUCUUCUCGCAAAAAAUGUGGAAUGGAGUGGCCGAUCGUGGCCGCAAAUGCAUGCGCUGCGUCAGCGCUGGGGCUGCACAGCGGAACACAGAUGCGAGGAAGGACGUGAGGGCCUGCGUGGUGUGCGAGGUAGCGCAGCGGCGUGAAUACUUUUCGAAUUGGAUGUGGGAGUGCGCGGGAGAUCAGCACCGCAAGUGCAAGCGCUGCAUCGAUGGCGCAAAGCUGGAGCGAGGGAAGUGGAAAUGUGUAGAAUGUAAGGGCGCUUUCGGGAGGGACCACUACAGCAACUGGUUGGCUGGACGAUCGACGCAGAAGGCGAAUGGGAAGCAGAGAUGCGACAUAUGUUGUGCUGGCCAAGAGCGCAAACGGAAGGAA